GCGUCUACCAAACGCUUGAAGGAGGAAGAAGUGAUUCAAUAAAUGGCGAAACUUGUUCUGUUCUGCCAAUGAUGUUGUUAAUCGUUUUGCCUUUUUGUCAUGGAAAACGUCAAGGAAUUUAAUCUGGACGAGGCAGUGUGCAAGACUGACUACGCAAGUAGUGUCGUAUUGAUGUGUAGGGACUGUAAUACAAUCUUGGGCGACUCUUUUGGGAUAUGUGGCGAAUAUAUGAACUCUAUCAUCUGUUACACUGUCACCAAAGAUGUUCUGGUUAAAGGGGAUAAGAAGCUAUGUUCCGAAGGCCCGCACGCUAAUUGUGUGUUCAGUUGCCUCCAGUGCUCUGGCUGUUCUUUGACUGUGGGUGGAAUCCUCCACUCAACCCCACCAAAGCAGUCAGCUUUGCGCGGCUGCUUCCUUCUACAAAAAUGUGACAUUAACUGUUACAAGCUGUCAGACAGCACAACAGUGCCUGCUACCACUCUGAACUUUGACGUAAAACCCCUAGAGGAGGAACUCAACAAGCUGAAACAGGAGCUGGAGUCACAGAGUAAGAGAAUGACCAUCCUGCAGCAUUUGCUUCAUCAAGAAAGAAAAGAGAAUGCUGGCGUGAACAAACCACUUUGUAAAACUGAAUGGCUCUGAUUGAACUAUGUUGACUGCUGUUCAGGAUAUGUAUUGUGAGUUUACAAGAUUAUUUUUCCUCACUAUCAUAAGUGUGUAUACACAUUUGUAUAAAUGCGGAAUAUUCUGGUUGUUACAUUUUUAUAUGCUCUGUUCUGUUCUGUAAUGCUUAGACUGAGAUAUUUUCCUGAUCAUCCCCAAAGAGGGACACAGAAGGACCCCAUGCAAUUUUGUGAUUAGAAGAUUCAGAAUUUUAAGAAAGGACACAAACACAUUUUUGUAUGAUUGGCACCAUGCUGCUUUUUAUUGCUACAUAUAUAAUGCAUUUUCACUUUCAACAAAAUGAUCAGGAGGCUCAUCUUAGCAUGCUUGGUGCCCCUCGUUAAGUGCAUAGUUGGACAAAACCUACAGCCUCAACAUUUGGAGUUUACAAACGGAAUUUGAACAAUUUCCAGGUUUUCCGGUUGUGCUUUCUAAAGCAUAAAUGUUCAACAUUGUAACCAACUUUCCAUAAGGACAAUGCAGGGAGCUACAACAGAUUUCAUUGCUGGUCAUCAUUCAAAUUCAUUAUCAUGAAUUGUUGAAUUGCUACAUACACAAAUGCACAGCAAGAGUUACCCGUUUUGGAACAGAAACUGCUUGCGUAUGUCUGUUUUUUAAUCAAUGUUGUGCUCUCUGAUCCUGAAAAAUGUAUUAAAGAGAUACUAAGCAACUUUUGGUUUGAG